UCUUGCAAACUGAAGACCUGAGAAAUACCUACCCACUUCUUUACUUUGCCUUACGUGUAUUCUACAACCCAAUCUAUAUCAUAUGCACACCUUCAUUGUUAUCAAUCGAAAUCUCAAAGCUCUACUUGCUAUAUCUUUGCAUCUUUGAAAAAAUGUUUUGAUUGAACAACCUGCUGUUGCUGUCACAAACAUUGAAUACAAUAUCAUAAAUGUUGUACGAAAUUUGCGUGUAAUAAAUGGCGCCAGGGCCGGCUCGAAGCUCACUGAUCGUCCUUAUUUGGUUCUCUACUCCACACACACAAUCCGAGUGGUGAGCAAAAUGGGAAGAAAGCCUUGCUGUGACAAGAACGGUUUGAAGAAAGGUCCAUGGACUCCUGAAGAAGAUGAGAUUCUUGUUGAAUAUAUCAUGAAAAACAGCCAUGGAAGCUGGAGAUUAAUUCCAAAGAAAGCUGGUUUACUUCGCUGUGGAAAGAGUUGUAGAUUGAGAUGGACCAACUAUCUUAGACCAGACAUUAAGCGAGGUCCAUUCACUCCCCAGGAGGAGAAACUCGUUGUCCAACUUCACGCCAUUCUUGGCAACAGGUGGGCUGCUAUAGCAGCACAGCUACCAGGGAGAACAGAUAACGAGAUCAAGAACUUAUGGAACACUCACUUGAAGAAACGUAUGCUAAGUAUAGGUCUCGAUCCCAAAACCCACGAGCCGUUACCUUCAUAUGCGUUAGCCAUGCAAGCUCCAGCUUCACAAACAACUCGCCACAUGGCACAAUGGGAAAGUGCUAGACUUGAAGCUGAGGCAAGGCUCUCUAGAGAGUCAUUGCUUUUUAAUCCUUCUGGUGGAGAAGUAGUGAAACAUGAAUGUGAUCACUUCUUACGCAUUUGGAACUCAGAGAUUGGUGAAUCUUUCAGAAGCAUUGGUGUAUCAUCAUCAACUACUAUUAGUCAAAGCCCUUGCUCGAGGACAACAUCUUCAUCAAAUGCACUUGUAGUGAAAGAGUGUGUUAUAGGCACUCAUCAUGGUUCUGAUUCUUCUUCUUCUCCUUGUUUUAAUAAUGUUGAAGAUGUUUUAUCAGACACCUCUCUUCAGUUUCUUCUUGAUUUCCCAAUAAGUGAUGAUGAUAUGAGUUUCUUGGAAAGAGAACAUUGUUAGCAGCUACACAUGGACCAUGGUUUCUAAAUUCUAGAAAGAGAUUCAAACUUUGGUCAUCUGAUCUUUAGUGAUCAGAAG